CGAGGCGAUCAUCAACAAGAAGCUUCCGAAGGAGCUGUUGUUACGAAUUUUCUCAUUUCUAGAUGUGGUCACGCUCUGUCGCUGCGCACAAGUGUCUCGGGUGAGUGUGUGUGUGUGUGUGUGUGUGUGUGUGUGUGUGUGAGAGAGAGCGCGAGAGAGAGAUUUAUCAUUGUGUGUUUACAUCAGAUUGAUUUGAUUGGUUCUAAAAGGUUUUAAAGGAGAACUGAAGUCAUUUGUAAACUUGCUUUAUUUCUUAAUUAGCGUGUUAUUCAAUGACGUUUUGGGUUUUAGUAACCUUAUAUCGUGACUCGUAUUGGGAACUAAUCGCAAUUAAAUAUUAUACUUAUCGGCCUUUUCGGUGUUUAGCCGUGUUGAAUUUAGUUCGUUUGGUCGAUGGCAGGCGUCGCUUAUCCGCGCGAUCUUCACGAGACUUGUGCGAGACUUCAAAACGUGAAGCGUCACCCAGGUGUCAGUGCCGCCAUUUUGAAAACUGUUUUCCAAACGAAAUAUUGCACAAAAACGAGUUUAAACGACGAUUACUGCCUACUUUUUUCAAACUUUCCUGAUCGCUAUCAAAACAAAUAAAACUUCCGGCUUGAUCACAUCAGCAUUCGAAAGAGGGCGCGUGCGUCUUUUGACGACCCCUGUGUCCAAAAUCGCUCCCUACUCACUAUACAGGGCACUAUACAGCGGGGACACCAUUCUGUAGUGCUGUCCAAAACCUUAGUGAGGAUAAUUUACACCCUAUAUAGUGCACUCAAAGUAUCCCACGAUGCAUCACAAAAAGUAGUGCAUAACGACGGUCACUAACCAAAGCAAUAUAUCCCAUCAUGCAUUGUGGUCGCGCUGAAAGAAAUCAAAUUAAAAGUCUCAAAUGUGAUUUAAUAAAAGGCAGCGGUGAAGAAGAAAGGAUUCAGGCUUGAUUUAAAAGAGCUGAAAGCUGCAGGUACUGUGUAUUGAUUAAUGUGGGAUAUGCGCUCAGUAUAAUAUGGAUUUAUCACAAACACACACGCGUGUAUUUAUUAUUUUGAAACCCACCAGCCGACUGAUCUGGCACGUUUUAAUUGUGCAACAGUAAUGACGUAAAUACCAGCGUGACGGACUAGUGUCCGAAAGCGUUUUUCAUUUUACCAAUGAGCUCAAUAUAGAGCUGGGUGAUAAAUCGAUUUUAUCGAUGAAUUCGAAUUUACAGUUAAGGACGAUGUGUUUUUAUGAAAAUUGGUUUUCUCUCAGUUUUAACUUCCUCCACCGAUGCUCUCCUCUGCGCAUGUGCAGAACGGAUCGGGCAGCAGGGACGGAUCGGGCACUGACACUAUCGCCCUCCUCCCGCGCACUUGCCAUAGAGACACACAAACAGCAUGGCAGCGAUUGGGGGAAAGCCGCAACUUGUGCCCAAGAAAGGAGUAACUUCCUCCGUGAUCUGGAAUUGGUUCGGUUUUGCGGCGUCGGACGCAGACCAAACAAGUCCUCGUUGUAAGGUGUGUUUGAAAACAGUUGCUUCCAAAGGACGCAGCACGACGAAUUUAUUCCAACCCCUUAAACAGAAGCCUGCAGCGGAGCGGGAGAAGUGCUGCUCCCAGCGGAACGAACACCGCCGCAGCGCGAGCGCACCAUCCGCAGCAAAGCAAGCAGCCGCCCCGGACACGUUUCCCACCGUGUGCCUGAUGAUCAGAACGGGGCGGUGGAAGGCAGUCACAGAUGUUAUCGCGAUGUUCUCAUCUACAAGCUUGUUUUUUGGCUUCUUUUUGGUUUCUGGUUGCACUUUAACCCCAAAGGGGAAAUUUAAGUGAAAACAAAAUAAAGGUAAAACUUGUUUUGAACCAUUUCUUUGUCAUCUGUAGUUUGAUUUUUAGUAGGGAAAAAAAUCGAUGAAAAUUGGAUUUUUUUGUGAAAAAAUCGAAGAUUUUUUUUUUUUUUAGGCCAUAUCGCCCAGCUCUAGCUCAAUAUAUAGUCCACUAUAUAGUAAUUCCCUAUAUAGGGAGUAGUGAACAAGUGAGCGAUUUUGGACACCGGGAACGUUGGCAGAUGUUGGUCACUUUGAUUUCCGCUGUACGUUUUACUGCUGUCCUACGAUGUCUCACGCAGGUCUCAACGCAUCUCGAUUAUGGCCAUUGCUUUGACAUAUGGACUGAUCUAUUACAGAGCAGAUUUCAAACACUCAGAACUUGCUAUAGCAGCGACAAAAUAGCGAUCAAAAAUGCAUUCCUAUAUUUAAUAAAAUGAGAAAUAGAAUUUUGAUAGAUUUUGACUGUUUGGGAACCACAGGAUUUCAUCUCUGCUUUUUGCGGAUGAUGUUGUCCUGUUGGCUUCUUCAAACCAGGACCUUCAGCAUGCACUGGGGCGGUUUGCAGUCGAGUGUGAAGCAGCUGGGAUGAGAAUCAGCACCUCCAAGUCCGAGGCCAUGGUUCUCGACCGGAAAAGGGUGGCUUGCCCUCUCCAGGUUGGUGGAGAAGUCCUGCCUCAAGUGGAGGAGUUUAAGUAUCUCGGGAUCUUGUUCACGAGUGAGGGAAGGAUAGAGUGUGAGAUCGACAGGCGGAUCGGUGCAGCCUCCGCAGUGAUGCGGUCGCUUUACCGGUCCGUCGUGGUGAAGAAGGAGCUGAGCCAAAAGGCGAAGCUCUCGAUUUACCGGUCGAUCUACGUUCCGACUCUCACCUAUGGUCAUGAGCUUUGGGUAAUGACCGAAAGGACAAGAUCACGGAUACAAGCGGCCGAAAUGAGUUUCCUUUGCAGGGUGGCUGGGCGCUCCCUUAGGGUGAGAAGCACAGUCACUCGGGAGGAGCUCGGAGUAGAGCCGCUGCUCCUCCACAUCGAGAGGAACCAGCUGAGGUGGCUCGGGCAUCUCUUUCGGAUGCCUCCUGGACGCCUCCCUGGGGAAGUGUUCCAGGCAUGUCCCCCCGGGAGGAGGCCCCGGGGAAGACCCAGGACACGCUGGAGGGACUAUGUCUCUCGGCUGGCCUGGGAACGCCUCGGUGUUCUUCCCGAGGAGCUGGCCGAGGUGUCUGGGGAGAAGGAAGUUUGGGCUUCCAUGCUCAGACUGCUGCCUCCGCGACCCGGCCCCGGAUAAGCGGACGAAGACAACAAGAUGAGAGAAUUUUGAUAAUAAAAAAAAUUUGCCUUCAGUUCUCCUUUAAUGAUGUGAAAAAGAGAGUGUGUGUGUGUGUGUGUGUGUGCGCUCCUCAGUCGUGGAACGUUCUGGCUCUAGAUGGCAGUAACUGGCAGCGCAUCGACCUCUUCGACUUCCAGAGGGAUAUCGAGGGUCGUGUGGUAGAGAACAUUUCAAAGCGAUGUGGAGGUUUCCUGAGGAAGCUCAGUCUCCGAGGCUGUUUAGGUGUGGGAGACAGUGCACUGAGGACGUUUGCGCAGAACUGCAGAAACAUUGAGCUGCUCAGUCUGAACGGCUGUACAAAGAUCACAGACAGUACCUGUAACAGUCUGAGUAAAUUCUGUCCCAAACUGAAGCACUUGGAUCUCGCCUCAUGCACCUCCAUCACCAACCUGUCUCUCAAAGCACUCAGUGAGGGCUGUCCGAUGUUGGAGCAGCUGAACAUCUCCUGGUGCGAUCAGGUGACCAAAGACGGAAUCCAGGCGCUCGUCCGCUGCUGUCCGGGGCUGAAAGGCCUGUUCCUCAAGGGCUGUACACAGCUGGAAGACGAGGCUCUGAAACACAUCGGUGCUCACUGUCCUGACCUGGUCACGCUCAACCUGCAGACGUGUUCACAGAUCACAGAUGAAGGCUUAAUAACGAUUUGUCGAGGUUGUCAUCGGCUGCAGUCUCUGUGCGUGUCCGGCUGCGCGAACAUCACAGACGCCAUUCUAAAUGCUCUGGGACAGAACUGCCCUCAUCUCAGAAUAUUAGAAGUGGCUCGCUGUUCCCAGCUCACAGACGUCGGCUUUACCACACUCGCAAGGAAUUGCCACGAGUUGGAGAAGAUGGAUCUGGAGGAGUGUGUACAGAUCACAGACGCCACCCUCAUCCAGCUGUCGAUACACUGCCCUCGGCUCCAGGUUCUCAGUCUGUCUCAUUGUGAGCUGAUCACGGAUGAUGGGAUUCGUCACCUGGGCAGUGGGCCGUGCGCUCACGACCGCCUGGAGGUGAUCGAGCUUGAUAACUGCCCGCUCAUCACCGACGCCUCCCUGGAGCACCUCAAAACCUGCCACUGCCUCGACCGCAUCGAGUUAUACGACUGCCAACAGAUCACACGUGCUGGGAUUAAGAGGCUCAGAACUCACUUGCCCAACAUUAAAGUCCACGCCUACUUUGCACCAGUGACUCCUCCCCCUUCAGUAGGAGGAAGUCGCCAGAGAUUUUGCCGCUGCUGUAUCCUGCUAUGAUGUCACAGUCUCCGCCUCCUCAACCUUGAAUGACCAUUGACCCUGAUUGUCCAGUCGCACAUGCUGGGGGAUCGUUUGAUAAAGCGAGAGAGAGAGAGAGAGAGAGAGAGGUGUGUGUGUGUGUGUGUGUGUGUGUCCGUCCUUACAGUGUUCAGGACACUUCUCACAUUUCUUCAGAAAUUCACUGCACAUCUAAAAGUAUUUAUAAUUCAGAUGCAUGGUGUUGCUGCUGUUAAGCCUGAGUGCUGCACAGCGCCCCCUUGUGGAAAUCUUCAGUCGUCUAGACAUGAAACGUGAGUCAGUAAGUGAGCAGUGGGUGAGUCAUGAGUCAUUUGGGGAGUUGUUUGGUCAGUUAGUGAGUCCAUGAGUCAUUUAGUGAGUGAGGGAUGACUUGGUGAAUGAGUGAGUCAUCAGUCAGUUAGUAAAGCGAGUCAUGACUCAUGAGUCGGUCUGCAGGUGAGUUGUGAAUUGAAUAGUGAGUCGAGGAGUCAAAUCCAGGAGUCAGUUGGGAGUGAGCCAUGGGUCAAUUAGUGAGUCCAGGAGCCAAGUCGAGGAGUCGGUUAGCAAGUGAGACAUGGCUUAGUGAAUCAGUUAUGGGUCAGCAAGUGAGUCAUGAACCAAGAGUCAGUCAGCAAGUGAGUCAUGAGUUGGUUAGUGAGUGGGAUAUUCAAGGUUUUGAGAUGAGGCUGUGAGUUAUGACUCAUUUGAAUGAGUUAUGAGUGUUUUGGGUGUCGGUAAAACAGAGAUCUCUCAGAGUCAUUUCCAUCAGUCAUGAGUCUGCAAGUCUUAUAAAUCGGUUACAUGAGUCAUAGUCAGGUGAAUCAUUUGGGCAGGUUACGUCAGUGCGAGUCAGUUGGUGGGCCAUCUGUCAGUUGUCAAGUUGUACGAGUCGGUUGUUUGAGUCGUAUGAAUUUGUCAGGUGAGACGGGAGUCAGUGGAUCACAUCUAAAAAAAUUAUAGUCAUAAAUAGUUGGACAUUGCUCCCAAAUACAAACUUAUUAAUGAUUUUAAUUUAACUAGGACGGUUUUCCAAAAGUCACUACGAAUGGACACACAAACUCUCUCUCUCUCCCUCUCUCUCUCUCUGAGGUUUGGUCACACAGAGGAACCUGACUAUUUUUCUAAAGCAGUAAAAUAUGCCAAAAGCUGCAUGUUACAAAUCUAGUUUUUAUAAAAAACAAAAAACCAACAACAAUCCAUGUGAUGGGCGGGGCCUGAACACAGGGGAAGCAGGAACGGACAACUCGGCAAGGUCACAACAAGCCAGCCAAUCGGACUGGACUGGAUUGGAAGAGGUACAUGGAACUUUGAGUGGGCAGGGCCUGCAUGCACAGCCAAUUAGACAUUAGGAAGGAGUCAGUGGUGUCACAACUGGCCAAUCAGAUUGCAGGAGGACAGAUAUGAUCAGUGACUUCAUAUGGUGGAUUUAAAGAAUGAUGUGUGUGUGUGUGUGUGCGUGCGCACACUGGAAAAGGUGAUUGGUGAAGUGUUGGGGUUGAGGUGGGACACACACUCUCUCUAACCACAAUGAGAAAAUGAACUGAACCAAUCAGAGAGUGUGUAUUAAUGUUGUCACUGUCUGUACGGUUUGUGUGCGUGGUGGCUUUGGUUUACACACUCCACCCAUGAUGGAGAAACUGGAUCUACACACUAGUUCAUCACUACAGGAGCCGACUGGUUUAAGAAAUAUCUAUCUCACACACACACACACACACACACACACUGUCUCUCCAUUAUACAAACAUGUCUAUGUCUCUCACACGUUUGUCUUUGUCUGUCUGUACAGUACACAAUUUGUGUGUGUGUUGGGGAUGGUGUGACUAGUUAUUGCAAUUCCCCUUGUUGUAAAUCUGUUCCCUUUUACUUUGUUUUUGUUUUCCUUUUUACGAUUAACCCCUAUAAAUAGAUAAAUAAAUGAAUGAAUAUGUAUGUAUGAAUAAAUAUAUAACUAUAUUAUUAA